ACCACCCACUGCAGUGCACAAACACACGUUAGGCACAAGGAGAGAAAAGAGAGAGAGGGAGAGGACACACUAACAGUAAACACAAACAAAAGGGUGAUGGGAUUAUUUUACUGCAUGCACGGCUGAGCACUGCACUUUGACUAUGGAAACAGAGGCUAUUGAUGGCUACUUAACAUGUGACAAUGAGCUUUCACCCGAAGGGGGAGCACGCCAGUAUGGCCAUUGACCUCACCUCAAGCACACCCAAUGGACAGCACGCCUCCCCAAGUCACAUGACAAGCACAAAUUCUGUAAAGCUAGAAAUGCAGAGUGAUGAAGAGUGUGAGAGGAAACCCCUGAGCCGCGAAGAUGAGAUCAGGGGCCAUGAUGAGGGGAGCAGCCUAGAAGAACCCCUAAUUGAGAGCGGCGAGCUGGCUGACAACAGGAAAGUCCAGGACCUUCAAGGCGAGGGAGGAAUCCGGCUUCCGAAUGGUAAACUGAAAUGUGACGUCUGUGGCAUGGUUUGCAUUGGGCCCAAUGUGCUUAUGGUACAUAAAAGGAGUCACACUGGGGAACGGCCCUUCCACUGUAACCAGUGCGGAGCUUCUUUCACCCAGAAGGGCAACCUUCUGAGACACAUAAAGUUGCACUCUGGAGAGAAGCCGUUCAAAUGUCCUUUCUGUAGCUAUGCUUGUAGAAGAAGGGACGCUCUCACAGGACACCUCAGGACCCACUCUGUGGGUAAGCCUCACAAGUGUAACUACUGUGGACGAAGCUACAAGCAGCGCAGCUCACUGGAGGAACACAAGGAACGCUGUCACAACUAUCUCCAGAAUGUCAGCAUGGAGGCUGCUGGGCAGGUCAUGAGUCACCAUGUACCGCCUAUGGAAGAUUGUAAGGAACAAGAGCCUAUUAUGGACAACAAUAUUUCUCUGGUGCCUUUUGAGAGACCUGCUGUCAUAGAGAAGCUCACGGCAAAUAUGGGAAAGCGCAAAAGCUCCACUCCACAGAAGUUUGUGGGGGAAAAGCUGAUGCGAUUCAGCUACCCAGAUAUUCAUUUUGAUAUGAACUUAACGUAUGAGAAGGAGGCUGAGCUGAUGCAGUCUCAUAUGAUGGACCAAGCCAUCAAUAAUGCCAUCACCUACCUUGGAGCUGAGGCCCUUCACCCUCUGAUGCAGCACGCACCAAGCACAAUCGCCGAGGUGGCCCCAGUGAUAAGCUCAGCUUAUUCUCAGGUCUAUCAUCCGAACAGGAUAGAGAGACCCAUGAGCAGGGAAACGUCCGACAGUCACGAAAACAACAUGGAUGGCCCCAUCUCUCUCAUCAGACCAAAGAGUCGACCCCAGGAAAGAGAGGCCUCUCCCAGCAAUAGCUGCCUCGAUUCUACUGACUCAGAAAGCAGCCAUGAUGACCACCAAUCCUACCAAGGAAACCCUGCCUUAAAUCCCAAGAGGAAACAAAGCCCAGCUUACAUGAAGGAGGAUGUCAAGGCUUUGGAUGCUACCAAGGCCACCAAGGGCUCUCUGAAGGACAUCUAUAAGGUUUUCAAUGGAGAAGGAGAACAGAUAAGGGCCUUCAAGUGUGAGCACUGCCGAGUCCUUUUCCUAGACCAUGUCAUGUACACCAUUCACAUGGGUUGCCAUGGCUACCGGGACCCACUGGAAUGCAACAUCUGUGGCUACAGAAGCCAGGACCGUUACGAGUUUUCAUCACACAUUGUUCGAGGGGAGCACACAUUCCACUAGGCCUUUUCAUUCCAAAGGGGACCCCUAUGAAGAACUGCACAUGAAGAAAUACUGCACUUACAAUCCCACUUUCCCUCAGAUGGUGACAUACUUUCUUCUUAAUACUGUCACUGUCUAUGAUUCUUACUUUGUGGACAAAAUGUCAUUUGCUCUGCCUAAUUAUAAAAAAAGAAAUAAGAGAAAAGGGAUGGGAUGUUCACUGAUAACUUGGCUUGUUUAUUUUGUGGGUGUAAAGCAGUUGAUUUCUGCCAUGCAUCCAUAUUAAGGCCUGUCAUGCUUUGGGAAAUCAUUUGUUUCAUAGAGAUUCACCUAAAAUAUUCUGAUUUGCCAUUGAUGUUCAGGAUUGUGAUGGAAGGCAGGAAACUUGAGAGUUUUCUGGGUAGGACUUGGGCAAUUUAAAACGGUCUAAGUAAUUUUCCUCUCAAAGGUGUUUCAAAAUGUAAACCCAUUUUAUUUUCUGUUCUUAGAGAUCAAGGAACACAAACACAUUAUUAUUUUCAAUAACUCCUAGGAUGAGUUGAAUUGUUGUGGGUUCUACGUUUACCUCCCCUACGGAAUUUAUAAUUCAGUAUGUUUUACACUGUAUCAUAUAGUAAAACUUUUAAACUACAGGUAGUUAAGGGCCACUACGAUACAUCUGAGGUCCUUUGAUCUUAUUUUUCUAAACUUGCGCACUGUUUUUCCAUAGUUUUGAUGACUGGCAUUUUAUAGACACCCUGGCAGCCUUACUUUUAACACCUGUGACAAAUGGUAUUUUUAUGCAGUUUUCAGAAAAGCAUGUGGUCUAAGAGUGGGUAAGAGGCAGUCGGUAAUUUCCAGGAAGAAUUCUGCUUUUCACAAUUUGAGAUUUUUUUUUUUAAAAAGUUGUGUUGUGAUGGCAGCCUAGUAUACAUAUUUGUUUCUAAAGGUGUGUUUACGAUCGUCACUUUAUCAGCAUUUAAACAGUGUUAAGCAGUCAGCAGAAAAGUGUAAUUAGGCUAACAGGAGGGGGAAAAUCCCACUCUGAGAACCCUUUUCUGAUAUUUUUCUUCAAGCUGUGACCACUCAGUGUUCUGUCCAUAGUCCAUUCCUCUUUGACUCUUGGAAUAGAAGGUCUUAAGAAGCCUGGCUAUCGGCUGCUUCUUUCAAAAUCUUGGAGCAACUGCUAAUUGGACCUGAAUGUGGUCAUUUGAACCCUGGAAGGUCAUUCAUUAAUGAGGGCUAUUUAUUCCACUGCUUCUUCAGUAAUAACAGUUACUACCUUUGCUGCAGACGGAAGGGAACUUCUUUGCAACCCGAAGAUCACACUGCAGGUCCAACAAAAGAGCAACAAAGUUUUCUUUUACCCUUCUUGGAGUUGAAAAUGUGACAGUCUUCAGGUGAAGGACCUGCACUUUAAAAAAAAAAAAAAAAUUUAAAAAAAAAAUCAGUUCUGUUAAGUUCUUGUCAGAAAUGAAUCUCAAUCCAUUGGUAGAUAAUUUUCUGUCUUCUCUUUGUUUGCACCAGGCAUAUACUUCCAUAUUUCAUGUGCAGGUUUCAAGUUGAUCUCUGUGGGGGCUUGGCUUCUUCUCUGGAGAGUCCACUGGCAUUUGUGGGUGGGACUGGAGCACACUAUUCUCAAGUCAUUUGGCGGAAUGCUUUUGGCAGACAUAACUUGCUGCUUGUGUUUGAGGAAAACAGGCCUGACCAUGACUGGAUUCUCUGACUGCCAUUUGUAAAGGCUGAAGGUCUGCUAAACAGUGACAAAUAACUGCUCCGAGGGCCUCCCUUAGAACAGGAUGCUGAAACCAUGUAACUGCAGAGUGACGCGGACAGUGUCAAGACUUGAGAACUACCCACUGAUGAGCGGUGUUCUCUCAACUCGCUUUGCAGAUUUCCAUCUGUUCACUUACGGAGCUUCUUAGCUCUAACAUAGCUAGAAAAAGUUCUGACUGACCUCUUUUGCUAAUCCUUAGCUUAGUUAUUUCUGGAGAAAUGUCCAACUGGUUCCUUUACAUGUAAGAAAAUGCACCCAAACAGAGAUAAAGCGAACGCCAGCGGUGGGGUUUUCCAUUUUUUGAUUUUUUUUUUUUUCAUCCCUUGGUAAUUUGUGAAAACACAGUUUACUCAGGGAUAAAGCGUCUAGUCAAGACUCCCUUACCCCCACCUACCCGGCACACUCUCAAAUCAUGAGGGAAAUGGCAUUUAUGUUUGAAUGAGGUAAAUAGUGUUAAGGCUCAUGAUUUUGUGUUUUAAAACUGCAAUUUAACAAAGCAUUUGGAUGCCUGUCAAUGUGUUCAUAAUUUGGGCUGUCUGAAUUUCUGCUGGCAUCCUUCAUCAAUUUUCUUCAUUCUCUCUCCUCAUACCUACUGUAUUAACGAUCAUGUAUCUCCCUGCACUAGGAUUAAACUGAGUUUAGGUGUACCUAAAGAUUUGUGUACUCCCCCUAUGAAGAUGGUACUAACAUACUCUCUACCUUUCCAAUUCCAUCUUGUUGGAAAACCUGAUUUAUUUAAGGGAGUUAGCUGUGACGGUAAAUUUGCUGGACAUAUACACUAGCUUUUUUUUUUUUUUGUAAGAUGCAUAACACAAAGGACAGAAAAAGACAUGGAUGGCUCAGGUGUGACAGGGACAAAAGAGAUCAAGGUGAAUUCAACAUUUGUGGGUUACAGUGAAUUUUGUGGACAGAGGGCCGUCUGAAGGACUCUCGACUUUUCACCAAAGAC